AUGAACAAGUGGUUGAAUUCAGCAUCCAGUGUUCAGUACAAAGAUGGAAGGCGCUUAGAAAAGGCAAAAUUGAAAAUUCUUAGCAGCAUAGAGACCUGUCCCAACCCUGCCCAGAUCCACCCUCUGCUGCUAAACUUUCUCCAGGAACUCUUAACAUUCAGGGAUGUGGCCAUAGAAUUCUCUCCAGAGGAGUGGAAAUGCGUGGACCCUGGCCAGCAGAAUUUAUAUAGAGAUGUGAUGUUGGAGGACUACAGAAGCCUGAUUGUUUUGGCUAUCUAUGUAUCUUAUUACAACCAAGGCAUUUUACCAGAGCAAAGCAAAGAAGAUUCAUUCAAAACAGCAACACUGGGAAGGUAUGGAAGCUGUGGCCUUGACACUUUAUGCUUAUGGAAAAACUGGAAAAGUAUAGAUGAAGGUGAAGGACAAAAAGAAUGUUAUAAUUCAUGCAUCCAAUAUUUGACAACUACUUAUAACAAAAAUUUAACUGUGUAAGGAGAUGAAGAACAUUUCAGAAUAUUUUAUAAGAAGCCUCAGUUUCUGUCAGAACCUGAGGUUCCUACAGAACCAUGUAUUCCUGUGAGUAAAUAUCAACAUCAAUUUCUAAAAUCUGUCUUUUGUAAUAAAAAUUAGAUAAACUUUAACCAUGACUCAAAUAUUAGUAAACAUCAGAAUACUAAUUUUCUAGAAAACUGUUACAAAUGUAAUGAAUGUGAGAAAGUAUAUUAUCAAUCCUCAAAGCUUAUUCUCCAUCAAAGUAUCCAUAUUCAAGAAAAGCCUUACAACUGUAAUGAAUGUGGCAAAACUUCUAACCCAUCCUCAAAACUUAUGCAGUAUCAAAGAAUUUAUAUUGGAGAGAUCUCACAAAGAUGUAAUAAAUAUAUAACAGUCUUUAGUCAAUCAUCACAUCUAAAGAGACCUAAGAUAAUUAACACUGGAGAGAAAUCAGUGAAAUGUAAAGUAUGUGGCAAAGGUUUUACCAGGGGCUUACAUCUUAGACAUCAGAAAAUUCAUGCUGGAAAGAAAUCUUACAAAUGUAAAAAGUGUGACAAACCUUUAACAAGCUCACACCUUAUGCAACAUCAGAGAAUGUAUACUGGAAAGAAACCUUUCAAGUGUAAGGAAUGUGGCAAAGCUUUUAACAUGGGUUCAUACCUUACUCAACAUCAGAGAAUCCAUACUGGAGAGAAAACUUUCAAAUGUGAAGAAUGUGGCAAGGCUUUUAACAGGGGCUCAUAGCUACAACACCAGAGAAUCCAUACUGGAGAGAAGUCUUUCAAAUGUAAAGAAUGUGGUAAAGCUUUUAUCUGGGGCUCACACCUUACUCAACAUCAGAGAAUCCAUACUGGAGAGAAAGUCUUCAAAUGUGAAGAAUGUGGGAACGCUUUUAACAGGAGCUCAUACCUUAGUCAACAUCAGAGAAUUCAUACUGGAGAGAAACCUUUCAAAUGUAAAGAAUGUGGCAAGGCCUUUAACAGACACUCAGCCCUUACUCAACAUCAAAUAAUUCAUACCAGAUAGAAACAUUGCAAGUGUAAAGAAUGUGCCAAAACCAUAAACUGGUGCUCACACCUUACUCAACAUUAGAAAGUUAAUACACCACAUUAUAAGAAAAAAAAUUUUUACAAAUGUAAAGCAAUUAGCAAAGACUUUAGCUAUUGUGUAAAUCUUACUUGA